GGGUCUUGGUGAAAGAGAAAAUCGUCAACAUAUACACUGUACACACAUAUUUCCUCUGUAAUUCAAUCGGUCAAUCGGCCGGGAAUAAUCGUAAAGAAAUGGCAGUGAGACAGCGGGCGGUGGCAGCACUGCCAACACUUCUGCGAGCGCUGCGAAAAGAAGGAAUUUCGAAGCAAAACCAGCCGUUGCCGUCCCUGAGAAGAGCUUUCUCUCUCUACGAUCAGAUCAAUCUCAUAGAUAACGUCCCCGAAGACCAGCUCCGCUUCCAAGAGUUUGAUGAUACAGGGUUCAAAGUAAAUGGGGUCAGGUAUGAAGGUAGCUUGCUUUGUGUUGGAAACUUGCUGAUGUCUUGGACUCCCAAGAAGUUCUCAGAGAUUACUACUGAAAGCUUAUCUAUUUUCCAGACUGUACGGCCAAUACCUGAAAUUUUGAUUCUUGGUUGUGGAAGGAACAUUCAACCGAUAGAUCCUCAACUUCGUAGCUUCAUUCGUUCUACUGGCAUGAAACUGGAAGCAGUUGACUCAAGAAACGCUGCAUCAACGUACAAUGUAUUGAACGAAGAAGGCAGGAUCGUAGCUGCAGCUCUUCUCCCAUAUGGGGUCACUUCUUGAAGCCUAUAUUCUAGAUCAACAUGUUUCCAGAGACAAUAUUGCUUCCUGCGUGUAUCUCCCUCUUUAGAAAGAUAUUAACAACAGGUCUUCUUUUAGUGUGUUCCUCUGUCUCGAGUCUCAAAGAGUUUUUGUUUUGUUUGGUAUGCUUAAUUCUAAGGAAUCAGGACACGAAACCCGUUUAAAAUUUCAGAGAGUAAUUCAAAUAGAUGUAGGGAUUGACCUGUUGUAUUUUUGGACAAGCCACAGUUUGGGAACUUUGGAUGGAUUAUGCUACAAGUGCAUGUGCAUUUCAUUUUUACAAA